AUGGCGUCUGGCGGGAACGAGGAGAUCGUGAUCAAGAGAAAGCGUCGGCGGACUGCAGCCGUUGACCCUUGUCUGGGCUACCACGGACACAGAGUAGCCCAUGAUGCCAUUGCCACACCAUCUUUCAGUAUCACAACGAAUGUCAAUUAUGGUGGUAAUGAUGAUGACGUUGAUGCACGGGAAGAAUACACUAAGAAGACAGAUCUGAAAGAGACGAGUACGGCAUCCUCUGACUCUGUGCCAGCGAUUACAUCUCCAUUCUCCGAGGAAGCAGAGUUUAUCACUGUUGAGGACUUCCUUCGUCGCCAAGAAAUUCCGAGUACUCGUCGGACUCGGAAAACUUACAGCCGCAAGAGGCGCCGAGUAAUUCAAUCUUCGUCAGAAAACGAAGAGGAGAGGUGUAAUCUCACUAGCAAGUGUGUUGGCGCCAACUUAGGCGCCGUGGGUAAUAAUCCUAGCCCGACCACAUCCCACAAACGAUCAAAGACCAACAUGAGCAUCACUGACAGGAACUCAAAGAAACCAUCACGAAAGCAACAAAGGGUCCAUACCUCAUUUUCCAAACGCAUACAGCGAGCUGCCGUUCUGUCUGGGGCUGACCUGGAAUUCAAUUCCCCACCUACAACGCCUCUCGCAUUACGCCUUGUUCCACACGAUGUUUGGUACUCUCCUAGAUCACCUCCUCGAGAUAAACGAGCCAAAUUUGUGGAUCCUCGGAUUCCGCGUCCACUCGACACCUCGUUUGCAAACAAAGAGAAUACACCAUACGAGACUCGGCCUCGUUUACCUUUGUCUCAGUGGUGCUCGCCCUUCAAGCAGAUGAAAGAUGUACCACAUUCUGUGCUUCCCAAAGGCGCAGAAGCGAAUGCAAGUCUUCCCCAGACUCCUCGGUCAACCCUGACGCCUCUCCAGCUCGUAUCGUAUGCGGAACAUAAUCAAACUCGUUCUGCUAAGUUUUACCAGUACGUUUCUUUCUCGGUGAUCUGUCAGUUUCGUUCCGAAGCUAUUUUCUUUAGGAUAUUAUCGAUGAGUGGCCGUCCGGUGAUCGCUCCGUUGGUCUUGGAAGCACACUGUGAUCUACCUUCCCUGACAAUGACCAGACUUGGUAACGACAAAGAUGAUCCCUUCGUGUCACUUCCUCUAGACGAGGGUUCCCAAACAAGAGCUCCCCCGACUCAAAUUCAUCAAGCAUCAAUGCAACAAAAUGAAGAUGACAACUCUAGAUCAGUUCUGCAUGUGCUUUCUUCCGAUGACCUUGAGAUUCUCGUACCAGCUACAUCUCCAUCUCCGUCUCACGCUCCUCCAACCCAGGAUUCAGCCCGACCAGGCGAGAAGAACGACGAAAACAAUGACCCUCUUCAACCCCUCGAAUUGAAUUGCGCUUCAAACUCAUCUAACGCGCAAGCUCCGGCUCCUUCUGCUAAGGUUCUUCAUACUAUUACUGGCUCAGACUCUGUUGCCGCUUCUCAGCCACGAAGACCUUUGCGUCGAAUUGGUACAAUGCUCGAAGGGUUUAUGGAAACUGCUCGCAGUGUCCUCUUGUCUCAGUCUCAACCGCAGAUGCCCCAAGCUUGCUCUCGCUCUCGAGAUCCAUCGAUUGACCAUGACCUUCUUGAAAGGAAUAUGUCAGUGAAGAAGUCCAAAAUUGAUAGGACCAUGUCUCGGAGUGGGAGAGUAGUCGUUUCGAGUCCGGCUCGCCUUACUAACAUCUCCAAGGCGCAAUACCAAGGUACAAGCCCAGCUUUGCAUCGGUCGACCGCGACAAGCAGAAGAAAGAAAAGGAACAGGAAGGCUACGUCUAUGCCAUCUGUCUCUGCCUAUCUUGGUCAUACCAUUAAACGAUCCCAGCUUGAAACCGAGGAUCAACCAUCUGUAUCGUCGUCAACAAAUCCACAACAACAUAAUGUAUAUAGUCCUCUUCAAGACCCAACUCACACCAUAUUCCCCGUUGUGGUCGAAGAUCGAGAUCGUCCUUCGUUCUUCGAUGACUAUGACGUCCCAGACUUGUCAGACCUACUUGAAGAUGCUGAGCCGCGGAGUCAUGCACAAAUUAUGCUUUCGCCAACUGUAUAA